AAGAUCAAUGAUAACGUAAGCAAAGGAACACAAUAAGGUAUUCAAUAGAGUAUGUCAAUCGGCCUAUGACGAUUAGGAGGCCCAUUGUGAAAAACUUCCAUGGGGACAAUCCAGUGUUUUAUACACCGUGUUUGCAAACUGUUCACCGACCGUCGCAAAGUAGUGGAGAGAAUAAUAUAAGCAGCCGGCAUUUUGCUUAAAUCAUAAUUCGAUAUUUUUGACACAGAGGUAUUAUUUGCGAUGGAGAACGGGUAAAGAUUGGCGAGAUGUAGGACAGUUUCAGAAGAAAUAAUUUUGUGGAGGAUUUUGUCGGGGAGAGAUAUGGCGUUGCUCAAUCCUUCCACGAGCCAACUCGUAGCAUACCAUGAGCGAAAUUAUGAGAGCGAUAGCGGGUUUUCGGCUGACGAUUACAGCUCUGUGGACCCAAUUGCAGUGGCUUCGGAGAUCACUUCUGUAGCAUCAAGAGCUUCUAAGAACAAGAGUGUCCUCAAGUUGAACACCAGAGAUGAUGGAACAGUUAUCACAUUGGACGAAACUCCUGUGAUCGCUGACAGCGUCCACGACCAUGGGAUUGAGGAUGAUGCCGGCGACGGCGUUGAGUCGGACGUCGAGCGCCGGAAUCCUCUCGUCGUUUCCUUCAAAGAGGACGAUCAUAUCCAAGAUUCAAAAUCUGGCAAAAAUAAAGGACAGAAGCAGUCGAUCCAUUUUGUGACGAAGCGGAUCAAAGCUUCUUGGUUAGACAACACCUACCAAAAGGCCAUUGCCAGAGCCAGAGCUCGACUUGCCAAGGGCAACUGGCCCGAGUAUCCCGAGGAAUGGAGGUUGCCCCAUGCACCUCUGCCAGCCCGACCUGACUAUACAAGAACUGGUCCUGUGGCUUCUCUUACAGGGGGUUACCUGGAGGCCAAACGAAACAGGAAAGAACGAAGAAAAAGAAGCGAAACAUUCCCAAGAGCUAAAUCUGACACAAAGAAUGCUGAAAGACAGACCAUUCUUCCACCAAUUGAUGCACUGUACAACAGCCUCUUCGCCAACCUAUCUGCCAGCUACCCUUCACAUCUAUUGCGGAAACGAUGGGAGUCGUCUGCGGCGGCGGCGUCGUCGUCGAUGGGUGCGACAUCGGUCUCAUUAGAUCUGAACAGCACCAGCUAUCUCCCUUUUAUUGGUACCGCUCGUCUUCAUCCCAAGGAACUCACCCCUACAGUUCGGCGGGAUGACAGUUCACAGCCUCCUAGUUUCUGUUACGGUUGCACGGCCGAGCUAGGGAAUCAAUCAGAUAUCAAAGCACCUCUGUUCUUUCUUGACAAUCCAGAUGAUAGCACGGAUGAUGACCGAUUAGGUAUCGAGCAUGCGCAGUUGGUUCCACAAAAUGGCCCCGCCCACCAACACGUUGCUACCACCCGAGUCUGCUACGGCUGUUCUCUCAGCAAACUACCACAUGUGCAUGUGACGAAGCCACGUCGAGUAGGUGGCGGAUACACCAUGGUACGUCAAGCUGUCGAGCCUUACAGGGGAGACAUACCCAAAGAUGGCGGUUCGCCCCCACCCUCAACAUAUAUACCAGGUAUUACAUCAUACUCUCAUAAAUCAAUACAUCAUGGUAUGAAGUAUGAUUUCAUGUUGUGUACAAUUACUCAACCUCUUGAAUGUACAUUCUUGCCAAUGUCGUUUCUCACAUCAUUCCAUGCUCUUAAUACGUAG